GCGAGAAUGGAAUGAGCCCCACGCUGUAGGACAGUGAGACAAAGACAGGUCUGUUCUGUCCAGCAGCUGCUCCUGGAGCCCCUGACAAAACUCUGCGGACACGCGGGGCCUUGCCGAUGCUGAGUUUCCGCUCUUCGCCGAACUUGGGCCUGCUCCUCGGAACAGAUGAGUCGCGACAGGGGGGCCAAGUUCGACCCAAGACUCGACGCCGAGGUACGCGGCGUUCCCGGGAUGUGCGACACCUCGCGGGUUUCUCCCCUCAUUCUCCCAGCAACCUCGCACAAGAAGGUUCGAGGAGUUAAGUUUCGCUUGGCCCACCCCGUCGGCCGAGAACGGCCCACACUAGGAAGUGGUUUCAAGUCCCGGGCAGGAAAGGGGAAGUGGAGCGUGUGUGUGUGUGUGUGUUCUGCUCAGCUCACAGAGCACUGCGCUACAGUUCGUGUUGACUGCUCAGAGUCCACGAACCGAGGCUCCCGCUCCCAGCCGUUCCUCCUCGUUCCAGGCACCCCUCACCAUGGCUUACCACAGUUUCCUGCUGGAGCCCAUCACCUGCCACGCGUGGAACAAGGACAUGACCCAGAUUGCUUUGUGUCCAAACAAUCACGACGUCCACAUCUACAAGAAAGACGGAACCAAGUGGACCAAGAUCCAUGAGCUCAAGGAACACAACGGCCAGGUGACAGGUAUGGACUGGGCCCCUGACAGCAACCGUAUAGUCACUUGUGGUACCGACCGCAACGCCUACGUGUGGACCCUCAAAGGCGAUCAGUGGAAGCCAACGCUGGUCAUCCUGAGGAUCAACCGUGCGGCCCGCUGUGUGAAGUGGUCCCCCAAGGAGAACAAGUUUGCGGUGGGCAGUGCCUCUCGCCUCAUCGCCAUCUGCUACUUCGAGCAGGAUAAUGACUGGUGGGUUUGCAAGCACAUCAAAAAGCCAAUUCGCUCCACGGUCCUGAGUUUGGACUGGCAUCCCAACAACGUGCUGCUGGCAGCUGGAUCCUGUGACUUCAAAUGCAGGAUCUUCUCUGCCUAUAUCAAAGAGGUGGAGGAGAAACCAGGCCCCACAUGCUGGGGCUCCAAGAUGCCAUUUGGGGAGGUGCUCUUCGAGUCCAGCGGCACAUCUGGAUGGGUGCACGGCGUCUCCUUCUCAGCCAGCGGAAACCGCGUGGCCUGGGCCAGCCACGACAGCACCGUGGCCGUGGCCGACGGCGAGAAGGCCACCGUCAUCAGCAGCCUGACCUCUGAGACGCUCCCCCUCCUGUGCGUGACGUUCAUCACCGAGAACAGCCUGGUGGCCGCGGGCCACGACUGCUACCCGGCGCUCUUCGUCUACGACGCGGGGAAGGGCUCCAUCGCCUUCGGAGGCAAGCUGGACGUGCCCAAGCAGAACACCCAGAAAGGGAUAAGUGCCCGAGAGCGCUUCCAAAACCUGGACAAGAAGGCCACCGCGGAGGGCAAGGAGAGCAGCCUGGAGUCUCUGCACAAGAACAGCAUCAGCCAAAUCUCCAUUCUUGAGGGUGGGAAGUCCAAGUGUACUAAAUUUUGCACCACUGGAAUGGAUGGAGGGAUGACCAUUUGGGACGUCAAGACUCUGGAAUCUGCCAUGAAAGAUCUGAAGAUCCUGUAACUGAUAUAUAAAAAUAACAUCUCCUUGAUCAUUCAAAACUUCAGCAGCCAUUCUAUUAAUAGCUACGACAAUUAACUUUCUUAGCGCUAUACUCCUUCUAUAUAGGGAAACAAUUAAGGAUUUGCACCUCACAGCUGCUUACAGUAUUUUUCAUUGAUAAUGAGCAUUCCUUAAGGCUGUGGCUUAAAUUUUUUUUGCCCUUAUUGUCAUGGACAGUGGUAAACAUUCUACAGCAAGUUUUUAUUUUGUAAGACAUUUCUAUAAAUACGGAAUGCCCAGUUGAACUCUUUUUAUGCAUAUAUGCUGGACAUAGAGAUGCUAAAAAAU